AUGCCUUCAACACCGACUCAUGCCCGCACACUCUCCCAUCCCAACCCUCACGCACACACUCAAACGCACGCGCAUGGUAUCUCGCUAACCUUCACCUUUCCCGCGUCACCAAAGUCGCCUGACAACAACAACACGACUGCUUUGCCACUCGCUAUGCCGUUGACGAUGCCGGCGUCGCCUACGAGGGCGACUGGUAGGGCGUCACUCGAUACACUUCGUCCCGCGUCUGCUUCUUCUGGGCCGGAGGGUGGUAGUGGGAAGGGGUUUAGGGGACAUAAGCAUAGAAGGAGUCACGCUAUCUCUUCGGAUUGGGCACGGGCUGGGAUUCCACUUCCUACCGUUGCUCCUGCUCCUGCUUCUGCUACGACUGUUCCUUCGUUCCCACCGUUGGCGAGUCCGGCGUUGAGUUCGUCGCAUACGGCGAGCACGGAGUCUUUGCGUGAUGAUGAGGAGGCGUAUCAUUCGCGUCCGGGCACCUCGCCCUCGCUCACUACCGCUACCACCACCGCGUCUGCCGAGGGUAAGAAGGUUGGGAGACGCGUGAGCUUUUGCGAGGAAGUCGCCAUUAUCCCUCGUCGCCUCAUCGAUAACGGCGACGACUCCAUGGAAAUCGAUAUUGAUUAUCAGUACCAUGCUGAUCAGUAUGAGGAGGGCGUUAUGGAGGAUAGUGAUGAUGGAUUGGAGAACAUGGAUUUGGUUAAGCCAUUUGGGUUUCCGAGUUUGCCGAUGCCUGUCAACACACCUACUCCCGCUACCGUCAUUGUCCCUCCCAUCGCUGCUUCUACGGCGGACGGUAAGGGGAAGAAGGGUCAUAAAAAGAGGGAUAGUAUGGCGCUUCUCCGUUCAUUGGCUAGCUCUGCCUCACUGUCCUCGUUUACUUCUUCUUCUUCUACGUCGGUGAAUGGAGAGGGAUCGAAGCAUAAGAAGAGGAGGUCGAUUACGUCGUUGUUGUUGUUGAGGAGACGGUCGUCGGGGGCUUCGAGGAGGAGCGUGUCGCCUUUGCCUGAAGUCCGGGCUUCAGCUCAGCCCGUUGUUCAGAACCAGGUUGAGGGAGGGUUUUAUUCAAAUGCGGAGGCGGCGAGGUCGUUGGUUAGGGGUUCCAACUCCCCUGUUCCACCGCCGACGUUAUCCAUCGUCCCCCCAACGAAUUUCUCCAUCGAUUUGGAUGCUGCGCUGGGACAUCUUGACGCGCCUGCGCCUCCUCCUUCUAUUCCGUAUGGUGACAACUCGAACUCGAACUCCAACUCGUUCCGGAGGGGUCAUAAGCGGAGUGAGUCUGCGCCGUUGUUGUCGGCUGCAGGGAAUGCUAGCGCUAGCGCUGGACGGGGACAAAAGAGGAAGAUGUCGGUUGUUGCGGAGGAGGAUGAGGGGACGACGACGUCGACGACGGGGCAUACGCCUUUCGGGUCUGCUGCUGGUCUUGGGUUGAUGAUGGGCCUUGGUGUUUUGACAGAGGAGGAACCGGCGUCGCCUGUUGUUGUCAGUGAUGAGGAGAAUGCUGGUUCUAGACCGUUGGCUCGGAGUCAGAGUUUUACGGCGGGGGAGAAAGUGAAGGUUAAGGACAAUAACGGCUUGGGCAUCGUGGAUGAGAAGAGUAAGAAGAAGAAGGGGUGGAUGAGGAGUGCGUUGGGAUGGCCUUGGAUGCAUAUGGGUCUUGGAGGAUCCAAGAAGGAGAAGGGUGCGGCUUCUUCUCCGAGAGUUUGA